AUGCCGUCGAAACGAAAGCGCGAUAUCGAGGAUUUCGAUCCUAACAAGUCGGAUUCCGAUGACGAGAACUUCGAGCCCGGCGCGGACGGCCCCCCUGUUCGCACCAAGAAGCGAUCGCGCGGAUCCAAGAGUCAAAGGAAUACCGGUGGCGGUGGACGGCGCCGUACCAACCGAUAUCGAGGAUCCGACAUCGAAGACGAAGACGAUGACGACGUGUCUGAUAGUCAAGACGAGGGCUCCUUCGUUUCUGAAGAUGAAGAAGAAGAAGAGGUCAUGCCCGUCAAUGCAGCCGGACGUAGAUCAAGAAAGGCCGCGACCAAGCACAAUAGCUAUAAAGAAAGCGAGGAUGACGAAUCCGACCCGGCUGAAGAAUCAGACGAUGUGCUCUCGGAGGAUUUGCCUAAGCCUAAGAAAAAGGACAGCUUGAUGAUCAAGCUCAAAGUGCCAAAGACUGCUCCGACGCCCGCGCCUAUCACUCGGCGAUCAACUCGUGCUCACACCGAGGAGUUCCCCGAGGAGCACGUUGAACUCACCAAUUCCGGCAAACAUGGACGCCCUGCCUCGCGUUCUAGGAGCCCCGAGGCCUUGGCCCGUACUCGUUCAUCCCGGUCGAUUAAGGGCUUGAAGAAGGGACCCGAGACGAUUGAAGAGGCGACCCAGGAAAGCAGCGGCCCCCGGGAGCAGGAUGUCGAUGUUGAUGAACUGGCCGGCGAUGAUGAAGUAGCUGUUGAAGAAACAAAGGAUACCGAGAUGGAGGAUGUCAAAGAAUCGACAGAGCAUGUGAAAACAGACGUUCUUGUGGACGACGAUGAUGACGACGAAGAUGAAGGUCCAAUCAUCACGCGACGAACCAGGGCGAAGAGAGGCAGUGGCUCUGGAGCUGCUGGGGCUGGGGAGCCGGAGGCCGAUGCCGAAGGCGAAGCCGAUGACGACGUUCCCAAACGAUCUGGGCGGCUGACUCGCCGGAACGGCCUUCGGAAAUCAAAAUCUGUUCAAGAGCCAAGUAGUGAUUUCGAGCCCGGCGAAGAGUCGGCAGAGGAGGAAGCCCACAUGUCCGAGUCACCGAAGAAAGAUUCCGGCGACGGUGAUGACGGUGAUUUCGACAGCCCAGCCCCGCGCGGUAGGGCCGCAAAGCCCAAGGGUCGAUCCACCCGGAGCUCGCGCCGUGGCGCCGAGUCAGCCGAGGAAGCCGAGCUAGACCAAGACGAAUUGGCUGAAGAGCUCCACGAACUAAGACAAGACUCGCGCUCACGUCGUCCUCGACGACCUUCACCCGCAAUCAUCUACCAAGAAACAGCAUCGAAGCGACGCAGAGCCGCCGCAAAGCCGAUGAACUAUUUCAUGCCGCCUCUCUCUGCCGUGAAUAUUGAGGAAGAUGACGGCGAAGAUCCAGCUCCGACUCCUGCACGUCGUCGCGGUGGCCGUGGGGGUGCAAGCCAAGCUUGGGAUCGCGCCCUCAACACGACAUUUGGACCUUUCGGAGGCGGAGGGGGCGCCGGAUCGCUCCUCGCCGGGCCCUGGGGGACCGGAAUGGCUGCUGGAGGUGUCGAUUCUGACAGUAGCGACGACGAGAUGGGCCAACGCUCAGGGCCUGCCGCUGGCAAUGUCGGCAUGACGCCUACAUCAGCCGCCGCUCCGGCCGGACUUCUUCCUGGUCUUGCACAGCCUUUGGGCGGGGAGGGCGUGGGAGCAGCUCCCAACGUUGGCAAGAUCAAGAAUCAAAAGGCUUUGGCAGAUGCCGACCCUCUCGGAGUCGAUCUUACCGUGGACUUCAAUCAUGUCGGCGGUCUCCAGGGCCACAUCGAUCAGCUGAAGGAAAUGGUCCAGCUACCUCUUCUCUACCCCGAGCUCUUCCAGAAAUUCCACGUCACGCCACCUCGGGGUGUUCUUUUUCACGGUCCACCCGGUACUGGUAAGACUCUUCUUGCUCGAGCCCUAGCCAAUUCCGUCGGCAUUGGCGGGCGCAAGAUCACUUUUUACAUGAGAAAGGGAGCCGAUGCUCUGAGCAAAUGGGUCGGUGAAGCCGAGAAGCAGCUGCGUCUGCUCUUUGAGGAAGCCAGAAGGACACAGCCUAGCAUCAUCUUCUUCGACGAGAUUGAUGGCUUGGCUCCGGUGCGCUCCAGCAAGCAGGAGCAGAUUCAUGCUUCCAUCGUCUCAACGCUUCUGGCCCUGAUGGACGGUAUGGACGGCCGCGGACAGGUUAUUGUAAUCGGCGCCACCAAUCGUCCAGACAACAUCGACCCAGCUCUCAGGCGACCCGGACGUUUCGACAGAGAGUUUUACUUUCCACUUCCAGACGUGGCCGGUCGGCGGUCAAUCCUCGAUAUCCACACUAAGGAUUGGGGUCUUUCGGAGCCAUUCAAGCAACAGCUCGCCGAAAACACCAAGGGCUAUGGUGGUGCUGAUCUUCGGGCCCUUUGCACGGAGGCUGCUCUCAACUCCAUCCAAAGGACGUACCCGCAGGUUUACUCGUCAAAAGACAAGCUCAUUGUCAACCCCGACAAGAUCAGUAUCCACGCGACGGAUUUCAUGCUGUCGAUCAAGAAGAUGAUUCCGUCGUCUGAGAGGUCCGCGGGCACAGGCGCUGCUCCCUUGCCAAAGGGAAUUGAGCCGCUGCUUAGGGAUCAGUUCGGAUCGAUCAAGAAGGCUUUGGACGAAGUGCUUCCUCGCAAGAAGAAGUUGACAGCGCUAGAGGAAGCUAUGUACGAGCAAUUCGAGGACGAAGACCACGGCUUCGGCAGAGAAGCUCUGCACCAAGAGUUUGAGCGGUCUAGAAUCUUCCGCCCGCGAUUCCUGAUCCAUGGCUUUUCGGGCAUGGGCCAGAGCUACUUGUCCUCUGCCCUACUGCACUAUUUCGAAGGCGUGCACGUUCAGAACUUUGGGCUUCCCAACUUGUUAGCCGACGGACGACCCAUGGAGCAGGUGAUUGUCAGUUUAUUCACCGAAGUCAAGAGACACAAGCCAAGCGUUAUUUACAUCCCAAGCAUCGAAUCGUGGUAUGCCGCUAUGAGAGACACACUACCAUUCAUCACAUUCAAGAACAUGCUCAAGUCCAUACCGCCUACGGAUCCCAUUCUGGUGCUUGCCACAGCAGAAUAUGACGCUGGGGAGGACCUCGCGUCUGACCUCGUCCGGGAGCUUUUUGCCUUCUCGCGCAAGAAUCGAUUGCAGAUCCAGCGGCCGAAGCAUUCAAAUCGGCGGGAAUACUUUGUUGCCAUUGUCGAACACAUUCGCAAGAGUCCGGCCGACUUUCCCGAUCCUGCCAACCGAAAGAAGAGAGUCUUGGAGGAGCUACCCGUUGCUCCGCCGCCGCCACCAAAAGUCCCCACCAAAGAAGAGAUCAAAGCUAUGCAGAAACGCGAUCAUCAGUUGCUCAACAUCUUGAAGGUGCAAUUGCAGCCCAUUAUGGACCAAAUCAACAGAAAGUACAAGAAGUUUAGACAACCCGUGAUUACCCCCGCCCAGCUGGAGUACCUCUUCCUCGAAAAGGAUCCCAACUAUGUCCGCCCCGACGUAGCGGGUAUGGAGCACCGGCCCUUUGAGAUCGUCAAGGACAAAUAUGGGGACGACGUACUACGCGAAACAACUACGGGCAAGACUUUUUACAAUCUGGAAACCACAACCAUUGAGGAGCGGUUGUCGAACGGCUUUUACUGUCGACCAAAGGACUUCCUUCGCGACAUAAAAUCUCUCGCCAAAGAUUCCAAAAACAUUGGCGAUAAAGAGCGGACGCUCAAGGCAAAUGAACUUGUUAGCAAUGUCGAAGUCGACGUCGCCACGAUUGAGGGCAACACCAGCACUGUGGACUGGGAGGCGUUGCAUCAGAGACAGCUCCAACGCGCCAAAGUUGCAGCUGAGAAGGCACGGAAGAGAAACGCGCUCCAGUCUGUUCUCGAUCGAGUUCAAGGCGAUCUGGGAGGCGGUAAUGACAGCGACUCACAAGGGCCGGUUACUCUGGGCGAGCAGAUUCCUGGGUCUGGUCAUGCCAUGGCUCGUUUCCAGGUUAUGAGCCCGGGACCGAGCGGCGGCGUGGGGUCGCAUCAGCAGAGCAACGGCACAUCGAAUCCCUCUCGGCAGAGCGACAUACACAUGAGUGGUGUGGACGACGACACGACGCAAGACAGCUCCAUGCAGCCGCCGGCUCAAUGGCCGUCGCAAGGGAACGCGACAAUGGGGACUACACAAGUAUCCCAGCGAUCUGUCAUCACCACAGUUCCCCGAGGUAUGUCGCCUUCUGCGAUUGUGAACGAUGCUUCCACCACGAAGACGUCAGAUCCAUCGGACAGAUCGACAGACAAGUGGAGCACGCAAGCGACCGGACCGACAAAUGGGUUCCAUCCAGAUCAAUCCAGCCAGGGGGACAACUCGCAGCUGCAAGAUACCCAGAUUCCUGCUGGUAUGGAUCCCGUGAGCCAGGCUACUUCCAGCGACGCGGCUUGGCCACAUUCCCAAGCCCAUGGUAUGGCGCGUGGGAUCAUUCACCCGCCUGGCAGUCAGACGUCGUCUCCCAAUAAGUCCAGGAGCUCAGGAGACUCGAAGCACGCUAUGCCCUUGGUCAACAUUCUUAAUGACUCGACCAGCGAAGACAUCAGAAACUCUGGUUCAUCGUCCUCGCAGCAGCAGCCUGUCAUUCAUGAGGGUCAGGUUGCACAAUUCCUCGACGAAUUGACGGAGAGAACCUCGGGCUGCACCAUUGAGCAGUUGGAGCAGAUCAACCGCGAGCUCAUGGACGAGAUCUGGAACACGAGGCACGAGUGGAACCGCAUGAAGGUGCUUGGCGAUCUGACCAACGUAUUCAACGAGACCAUCAGCGAUAUUGAGAGCAUCCAAGGCUUGUUCCAGCAGAGCCAGCAUACAUGA